AUGGCGCAUUCUUCUCCACAAUGGACAGAAGUUUUACCCACGGUACUGUUAGGAUUACGUGCUACUCUUCGCUCAGACGUGGAAGUUUCCCCUGCUGAACUAGUUUACGGUUCUUCCAUACGUUUACCAGGCGAAUUUUUUCAAACUUCUGACACUCAUACCGAUCCUUCGACAUUCCUUACGCUAUUAAAAAACAAAAUGGAAAUGUUAAGACCUGUACCUGAUAGUAACCACUCUAGUUCAAAACCUUUUAUAUCACCCGAAUUGGAGAAAUGUACUCAUGUAUUUUUACGAAAAGAUUCUGUGAGAAAACCUCUACAACCUCCUUAUGAUGGACCUUAUCGUGUAAUAUCUCGACAUGAGAAGUAUUUCAACAUUGCAAUCAAUGGUAAAAACGUUAACAUUUCUAAAGAUAGACUCAAACCUGCAUAUUUACUUGCACCUGACAAUAUUUCUCAUGAUCACUCUUACUGUAAAGAACUGUCUUCGGUUACAGAAACUAGCAAAUGUAUAACAUUCGAAAAAAAACAAGUUCGUUUUUAUUUAUAG